AUGUGGACUGCGAUUUCCAACAUUGAUUUAAGAGAUUUAGAUGAUAGAACAAAAAGUGAUUACUUAGAGUGUUGGGCUUCCUUAUUGGAUUCUGUGGGAAGAAUACUUCUCCAACAUGAUGAUUCAGAUAUCGAAAGGCUUCGUUUUUCAUUUAAAAUGCCGAUCCCGAUAAUUUACUCGAGCAAGAUAGUAGUUCUUGCUUCCAAUCUUGUUUACUUGAACUGUAUAAGUGACUUCUCAAUUAAUCUUCUAGUAGCUACACGUUCACUAGCCAAUGCAUAUGUUGAUGUUUAUAAUUACGAAGAAGUAGAGGAAGAAGUUAGUAGGCGUAACAUCAGAUCGCUUACUGGAAACCAGAGCGUUGGAUCUUUGACUAUAUCUGAUGACACACUUGAGGAUGUGCCUGUUUUUCAAAAUUUAAUCCAUUUGAAAGUAGUUCGUGAAAUGUCGAGCCACAGAAUAGGAAUUUUGUUGGUUCUGAUGCAGCGAAUAUCGAAUCUUAGAUUCCUUGAAAUUGCAGAGGAAUUCACUCGAGACACAGAAAUCAUUCUACAAGAUGAUAGGAAUUUCGAAAUAAUUACUUGCUGUUUGAGAUCUCAUCUCAAGGCCUGUAGCAUAAAAGCUAUAUAUGGGCAAGAAGCUCCAAUACUUCUGCUAAAACAUUUCUUGAAGCAUUCAGCUGUUAUACAAAGAGUGGUGGUACAUUAUCCCAACAAUGCAUCAGACUAUAUGGGAAAGUGA